AGAACCGGUAGCCGCUGGGCAGCAAGUCUAUAUAGGAAGAGAAUCCCUCUCACCUAUUCACCAUAAUUCCUGACACCAUCUUGCAAACUCCAUCAUAAACUCCUCCUUGUGAAGUUGGAUUAUUCUAGCUUAACAUAGUAAAGUAAUUUUCAACUGUCGCCGAUGGCACAUUCAUCUAAGCCAGACGAGCAGCAUGAGGGGAGACGCGCUGUUCAAAUUCCAGAUUUAUUUUCUUCUAUAAUGGCCUCGAAACCAGUAGUGAACCCAAACUACUCUGAGGUCAAAGCUGAGGGCGAUGAAUUCAUUGCAAGGAUUAUGAAAAUGGACGAGAAAGCAAAUGCCAAGAACAGAAAAGUAGACUUUGGCUAUCUCGGUUCUAUAUGGGUGCCAGAUGCCGACAAAGAAGCGUUGACGGCGAUGUUUAAUUGGUGCUACUGGCUAUUCUUCUUUGAUGAUGAGUUCGAUGAAGGUCACCUGAAGGAUGAUCCCGUUGCAGCACAGGAAGAGAUAAAUGAGACCAUGGCUAUCAUGCAGGAGGAUGUGCCGCUAAUAGAUCCGCACGUAUAUCCAAUCAGAUACCUCUUUCAGCUCUGCUGGUUAUGGGUGAAGCAAAGGGCCUCUAUAGAAUUGCAGCAGCGAUACAAGGAACAGCACAAAAGAUACUUCGACCAGGUAGUAGUGCAAAGCCAGCAAGUGGCCAAGGGAGAAGUCCUGAGCCGUGAUAUACAGACAUAUCUUGAGGUCCGUUUGGCGACUGUUGCGGUUUACCCUGUUAUCCCUCUCGUACAAUGUAUCUGGGGCGUCGAAUUGCCAGAACGGGUUAUCUCGCAUAACUCUCUGCAAGAACGUAUUCAAGUAUCGGCUGAGCUUACAUUGAUGGCCAACGAUAUUUUGUCAUGUCGUAAGGAUGCAGAGCUGGGUGUCGACCAUAAUUUGAUCCCGCUUCUCGUGGAGCAGGGCAUGUCUGCCCAACAGUCUGUCGACAAAAUCGGUGCCAUGGUUGACGACUGUUAUAAACGUUGGUACACUGCGCUUGCCGAAUUGCCUUCUUACGGGGAAAAGAUAGAUAGACAGGUGCUCCUUUUCGUUGAGAUUUGCCGUAGUAUUCCCCUUGGUAACUUGUACUGGAGCUUUAAGACAAGUCGAUAUCUUGGUUCAGAGGAGGAGAGUCGGAGUGUACGAGAGACGCGAACACUGCAUCUUCCUUAUUGAAAGGAAUUAUCCAUCCCCCUACUUUAUUCGCGCUCGCCGCGCCGAGUUUGAAUAAACUGAUAGCGUUUAUUAAGGGAUGGUUGGCAAGGUAUCUGAACUGGUAAAUAUCGCACCGGCGUUAAACAUUAGAUAUUACAACAAGCUCUUCAUUGUUAAGAAUAACUUCAGGGCUAUCAACUAGUCCUUUAUUUAUACACUCUUUUAGCAACAAGUGAGAAGUUACUCUUCUACUUAGUCAAUUGUUU